ACAGACAACUUUCCGUGGAUAGACUCCAUGGCACCCUCAACGAACGCACAGGAUCACGGCCAGUCGGAUUCCCAACCGCCGACGGUCGCUGCCUUCUCUCCGUCGACGAUUACCGGCUCGGCCCUGACCUCGCGCCAGCGCUCCAGUGUCAUCGUGCAUCGCAAAUCACCUCUCCUAGUGGCCACACCACCAGCUAUCACGCGAGCUCUGGCCUACUCACACCCGUUCCUCCUCCCUCUCAAUAAAUUCGCAGGUCUCCUAACAUGGACAUCUGGAGACCCAUGGCAGAGCUUUCUGCUGGUAGCUACCUUUUGGACUGUCGUGCUAUAUAGCGACGCCAUCAUUCUUUGGACAGGGCCGAUCCUGGUCGUGGUCGGGUUGAUCCUCGGCAUGUAUGGACGUCGUUACUCGCCUCUGUCAUCCACUAUAUCAACAGGCGAAAAGCACAAUAGCAAAGUUACCCCAGAUAGCUCACUGCGUCAUCAAAAGAGUCUUGAUGAAAUUGUUGAAACCCUUCGGAUUUUCACAACCAGAUGCAAUAUCCUCCUCGAGCCUCUACUCGACCUUACCGACUUCCUAUCCACACAGCGCACUCCCACAUCGGCAACCACCAGACCUGCCCUGACAGCGUUGUUUAUCCGCAUCCUCUUAGUCACUCCUGUAUGGAUCGGUCUAACACUACCUCCAUUCUAUAUACUCACCACACGCCGUGUUGUCAUGGCCGUCGGCACUAUCAUUUUGACUUACCAUUCCCGGCCCGCCAGGGUCUCGCGUGUCAUUCUGUGGCGAUCCCGAGCCGUUCGUCGGUUCUGUGCCGCAGCCACGGGCCUAUCCCUUGCCGAUACCCAAAACAGCCCGCAAAAGGCCCCGGCUCAAACCAAGGGCGAAAAGCAAGGAUUAAACAUUUCAACUCGGCGGCGCGGAAACAACGCAGGUGUGCGGUUCACGUUUGUUGUCUAUGAGAAUCAGCGCCGCUGGCUAGGUAUCGGGUGGACUUACUCGUUGUUCCCUGCAGAACGUGAUCCCUGGACAGAUGAACAUAUGAACGCAGUGAAUCCCAAAGAUUCUUUCGAGUUACCUGAAGUUCAAACAGGAGAUGCCAAAUGGCGCUGGGUGGAGGGAAGUGAGUGGCGCAUCGAAGGAGCGGACAACUUUAAUGGAAAAUCAGACUCGAAGGGGUCUGCCGGCGAAGGAUGGAUAUACUAUGAUAACAAGUGGAAUGACGGUCGCCGUGGUCAAGACGGAUGGGAUCGCUAUACCCGUCGCCGCAAGUGGUACCGUGACGCUGAAUUAGCGGAACUCUCACCUCCAGCCACCGAGGAUGGCUCCGAAGAAACCAUUUCCGGGCUCACGCAAGCUCUAGAAAGGGAGAAAGAACGAGAGAACGACGAUGACGCCGACGCCCAAAGCAUCGCGCCAUCUACCUCCUCCAAAUCCCAUCGCCGGCGCUGGUUCAGCGGUAGUCAGGCCUCCCCCGUGGGGCCGCCCGCCGAUAGUGGGCGUACCACAGGAUCAAAUGUCUCUAUAACAGCCGAUAGAGCAGGCAUCACGCGACCCAUCAGCAUCAAAAAUUCCCGAAGACCGUCUCAUGUCCGCGAAGGAAGUGUGGCAACUAGUGACAGCGCUAGUUUGCGCGAGAAGGAGAUAGCGAACUCGCAAGAUCAUCUCGACCGGUGGUCAACUCGAGCUGCGGGCGGGACGGAAAGGGCGGAAAGGGAAUGGGGGCUCAGCGAUGAGGUGAAUAUGGGGCUUAGUUGA